ACACAAAUUUAUAUCGAACUUAUCACGUGCUGCUUUCCGAUAACUUUUUUGUUUAUUAAAAUAGGCCAAGAGCAAAAACGAUUGCCACAAUUUAAGCAUUUUGGGCUUUGAUUCUCUCUCUUUCUCCAAUGGCUGAAGAAGAACAUGGUGGGAUCAAUGAAUCAUCCAAAUCUCCUUUGUAUUCACCUCAAACAGGGGUGUAUUCCAGCAAAUACCCGUCUAUCAACCUGCCUUCUGACCCUCUUCUUGAUGUUGUUUCUUUCAUUUUCUCACAUAAACAUAAUGGCCAGCAUGCACUCGUUGAUUCACCAUCUGGGCUUUCCGUUCCAUACUCAAAGCUCUCAUCUUUGGUCAAAUCCAUGGCUGCCGGUCUUCACCAUUUAGGCGUGAAGCAAGGUGAUCUAAUCUUGAUUUUGCUCCCCAAUUCUGUUUGCUUCCCUUUAGUUACCUUGGGUGCUAUGAGUCUUGGUGCAGUUGUGACCCCCAUGAACCCUUUAAGCAAUUUGUUAGAGUUAAAACAUGUUCUUGAUUGUAAUCCAACUUUAGCUUUUGCUGCAAAUGAUAAGGUUGAUGAGUUAGUUCAUGCCUUAGGUGGAUGCCCCGUAGUCGGGGUGCCCGAAGCUCUAGACUUGAACUCUCUGUCUAGUGAUGAUUCUGUUUUUCAUAAGCUGAUUUCUAGUGAUCCUGCAAUGGCACCAAGGCCUAGAAUUAAGCAGCAGGACACUGCUGCGAUUUUGUACUCGUCGGGCACUACUGGUAGGUCUAAAGGUGUUAUGUUGAGUCAUGGGAACUUCAUAGCCAUGAUUGAGCUCUUUGUGAGAUUUGAAGCUACUCUUUAUGACUAUCCCAGUUCAGAGAAUGUCUACUUGGCUGCUAUCCCAAUGUUUCAUGUGUAUGGACUGUCGUUAUUCGUUUUGGGAUUGUUGUCGUUGGGGAGUACUAUUGUUGCUAUGAAAAGAUUUAAUGCUGAUGAAAUGGAGAGAGCUGUUGUGAGAUAUGGUGUCACUCACCUUCAUUGUGUUCCACCUAUACUGGUAGAGUUGACAAAGAGAGCUAGGAGAGGUGGUGGUAGUAGUUUUCAGAGAUUGAAGCAGGUUUGUUGUGGGGCUGCUCCUGCGGCCGAGAAGAGCAUAACUGAUAUGAUUGAGACACUCCCCCAUGUCGAUUUCAUUCAGGGUUAUGGCCUGACCGAAUCAGCUGCUUUGGCAACUCGCGGAUACAAUACCGUUGGAGCUCAUAAAUAUACGUCUGCAGGACUUCUGUCGCCUAAUGUUGAAGCUAAAGUGGUAGACUGGGUCACAGGUGCUCACUUGCCUCCAGGAUCCGCUGGCGAGCUUUGGUUGCGCUCACCUGGAAACAUGAAAGGGUACUUGAAUAACAUCGAUGCAACCAUGCUUGCACUUGACAAAGAUGGUUGGUUACAUACUGGGGACAUCGUUUAUUUUGAUCAAGACGGAUACUUGUUUGUGAUUGACCGCUUGAAAGAGGUCAUCAAGUACAAAGGCUUCCAGAUUGCUCCAGCUGAUUUAGAGUCAGUUCUGAUGUCACACCCGGAAAUACUUGAUGCGGCCGUUACAGGGGGCCGGGAUGAAGAGGCGGGAGAGAUCCCUGUGGCAUUUGUUGUCCCCAAAGAAAGGAGUUUUCUCACUGAAGCAGCUGUGAUGAACUACGUAGCGAAGCAGGUUGCACCAUAUAAGAAAGUGAGAAAGGUCUACUUUCGGUCAUCUAUACCGCGAUCACCAGCCGGAAAAAUACUCCGGAGGGAGCUCAAGAACUUGUUAGUUUCGAAGCUUUAGGUCUAUAUACAUGAAGCAGAAGAUGAUAAUGGAAUGUUUAUUCAUGUGCUGAUUGAGAUCAGCCUCACAUUUCAUCAAUAAAAUAUGUGGACUCACAUUGUAGUUAAAUCAACAAUUGAUAUUUUAUUGAUCUAGAAAAUUCUAAACUCUAAUCCUCUAAA